AAUCUGCUUUCACAUACAUUAUCCUGGAGGGAUGACAUUUGUGUCCGCGGCAAUAGCUCCUAAACCAUGACGGAAGCUGGGGUGUGAUUAUAUAAUCAGAAGGCAGCUACAACACCGCGUCAGAUGGCUACAACAGCAACUCUCAGUUGUUCAACUCCCGGUAACCCUCUUCAAAUCUUGAUCUUAGUUUCCUCCGCCUCAAUCGAAGUCUACGAAGAAUGACAGCCCUUUCCGGCCAACCUCUUAGCGAGGCCAUCGGAUACUCCUUCUCAAAUGCGAACAGUGCUCCCCACAGAGAACAUUCUUUCUAUCCCUACACCGAUAACGGUGGUUCUACCCUGGGCAUUACAGGCUCCGAUUUCGCAAUCCUUGCUGGAGAUACUCGUUCCGUUGCAGGCUACAACAUCAACUCCCGCUACGUCCCAAAGGUGUUCAAAAUUGGCGGUGACGAUGAGACUGGCGAUGGCGCUCACAUCGUCUUGUCAGUUGUGGGUUUCGCAGCAGAUGGUCAGGCCCUUAAGGAGCGACUAGAAGCAGUGGUGAAGAUGUACAAAUACCAACACGGAAAACCCAUGUCUGUCAGAGCAUGUGCCCAACGCUUGUCGACAAUUCUUUACCAGAAACGCUUCUUCCCCUAUUACGUGCAUGCUAUCCUAGCAGGCUUGGACGAGGAGGGCAAAGGCGCUUUGUACAGCUACGAUCCGGUAGGCUCGUACGAGCGAGAGCAAUGCAGGGCUGCGGGAUCUGCAGCAAGCCUGAUCAUGCCGUUUUUGGAUAACCAGGUCAAUUUCAAAAACCAAUAUAUCCCCGGGAGCGGAGAAGGGCAUGCUCUAGAGCCCAAGAAAGCGGAGCCGCAGCCAAGAGAGACCGUUGAACAGCUGGUGCGAGAUGCGUUUACUAGCGCCGUCGAAAGACAUAUCGAGGUUGGAGAUGGCUUGCAGAUGAUGGUCAUUACCAGGAGUGGAGUAGAGGAGAUUUAUUAUCCCUUGAAGAAAGACUAGGCAUAUCAGAGCCGAGGCUCGUCAAUGUCUCGACAGUCUUGUUUAAUGCCAUACUCCACUUGAGAUCAUUUCCCGAACAUAAAUAGAUACAAUCUCCAGUGGAGUGUUGCUUUCCUCAAUUCUGUGUCGUCAUAUCAAUUAUAUUCUAUUCAAAUCAUAUGCCACCUUAGUCCUUAACGCCGAUACCGUGUCAUAAAAUAAGGAUAAUGGGACGGAGAAAGAUGCAAAGGCAGAGAGGGAAAACCGCAAAUCAUGCUCUCCAUAAAACUGACGAUCAAAAACGCUCCUUCAUGCGUGAAGCCACUUUACGAAGGUUGCCAUACACCUUGCCCUGUCGAGGGGUUAGCCGCUGAUGGUUCGUCCAAAUUAAAAAGUAAAAUGGAUGGACGCGGGUUUACUGACCGGUGGGCUGCCCAUAAUUAAGCUCACAAUGGCCUGUUGGGCACAAUCAACAUUCUUUACGGCGCCAAGCAGAUGGAUUUUU